CUUAAGCUAAAUCUUGCAUAAAUCUUCGAAACCCAUCUCAGAUUUUUAUAAAGUUCAUUCCUUUUUAAGCUAAAACUUAGAAAUCUUCAAACCCCAUCUCAGAUUUUCCACAAAGUUCAUUCCUUUCUGUGUUUCCAAACUGGGAAAUCAAGAAUCCAAAAAAACUACUAUGUCUUUUCAAAAUUCAAAUCCCCCAAAAUUAUACCCACAAGUCAUUGAUUCAAACCCAGAAUCAACUUCUCCAUUUCUUUCCCAGAAGAACCCCUCAACUUAUUCUAGUUCUUCUUUGUACCCCACCAUUGACAUGAAAGAUCUAGCAGAAAAUCUUUUCCCAGAUACAGAAACCAAUAAAAAUGCUGACUUUGUGUCAUUAGAACAAGUGAUCGUCAAAAUCCCAGGUACAAUAGUUCAUCUGAUUGACAAAGAACGUAGUAUUGAACUCGCUAGUGGUGAAUUUGAAAUUGUUCAACUUAAACAAGGUGACAACGUUGUUGCUGUUCUUGCACGUGUCGGUGAUCAAAUCCAAUGGCCUUUAGCCAAAGAUGAGGCUGCUAUAAAACUUGAUGAGUCUCACUAUUUCUUCACUCUUAGAAUCCCUUCUGAAGCAAAUGAUGAAGAUAAUUUACUCAACUAUGGUUUAACUAUAGCAUCAAAAGGACAAGAGAGGGUACUAAAGGAGUUAGAUUUAGUAUUGGAAAAGUACAGUGCUUUUAGAGUGGAGAAAGUGAAGAAGGAUAAUAAAGGAGUUGAAGAAAAAUGGUGGAUGGCAGCAAAGGAUGUUUCACCAGAAGAAAUGGAGAAGAAAAAAGAGGAUAUGGAGAGGA